CAAGAGAGGUGGAAAACUAAAGACUUGACACUACUGACUGAGACACUGUUCCUGUGGCGUUGAGAUUUAUUUAUAGAAUUGUAGCAAUCAUGUCAUGAUGAGACGGUGGAACAGGAUAUCUAAAUCUACACUAGGACUCAGUCUAGAUCUAAUAUCUAAGGUUUACAAAUAAACAUGACAGCUUAUAAUUCAACAUGCUCAAGCUUUCCAAAUGAUCCUGACAAAUGUGAUAUCAUUAUCAGUCUUAGGAAAGCUUCCGGAGCCUUUUCUUUUAUUGGAUGUUUGUUUAUGAUUGUGAUAAUAUGGCUCUUCAGAAGAUACCUUGUGUUUGCACAGAGACUUAUUUUGUAUUUAAGUAUAGCUGCAUUGUUGGACAGUAUUGCUUAUCUCAUGAGUUCAGACAUUGCUGAUGGGCCAGUCUGUAAUUUUCAAGGAUGGUGGUUGACUUUCUUUGAUUGGCAGGUGCUACUGAGUGUCAGUUGUAUAACCUUCAACCUUUUCAUGAAUGCAGUAAAACAAAUUUCAACAGAGAAGUUUGAAUGGUUGUAUGUAGCUGUGUGUGUUGUGGUCCCUUUGAUCAUAGCAUGCAUCCCAUUAAUUGGAGACCAUUAUGGACCAGCUGGAGCUUGGUGUUGGAUUGUGGAAGACUUUUCUUGGAGAGUUGGAAUCUGGUAUGGUCCAUUGUUUAUCAUCAUCAUUCUGCUGAUUGUAGCUUACACUUAUAUUGUGAUCAGCCUGAGAAGAAAGGCAUCCAACUGGGAGGGAACAUAUGACCCAGAUACUGAACGUCAACAUCAUUUGUUGAAAGAAGACAUCAAACCACUCAGAAUUUAUCCCUUUAUUUAUUUAGCUGUCUCAAUCUUUCCACUCAUCAACAGAGUUCAGAAUGCUCUGUAUCCUGAUUAUCAUGUAUUUGUCUUGGUACUUUUAGCUUCACUGUUCUCUCCUCUACAUGGUGCUCUCAAUGCGAUAGCUUUUGGAGUGGACAAAGAGACUCUGUCCAAGCUGAGACCCAGUGAGAUUAAGCUUGCUCUUCUUAACCAUGGGUCCAGGCAGAAAAUCAGAGAGUACCCUUACUCCUACUCAACUUUCAACACAGAGAGUGAUCGAGUUUUGUCUGAUGAUGAGGUUCUAAAUGAAGAAGAUGGGCGGGCCAAGCCCACCAGCCAAAGAUGAUGAUAAUUAGGUGUAGAAGCGGAUUAGACAAUAUGUCUGAUUCAUUUAAAGUGAUUCUAUGAAACAUAGUUUGAGUCAAGUCAUGACAUUCACAAACUAUAAAUUAUUCAGCUAUAGAUUCAUGCAGAUUCAUAUGUUUUUUUCAAGCAAGUUUUACUAUUUAUUUAUUGAAAAUCAAAAUGAAGCCGAUUCAUUCAAGACUUUUCAAUUUUGUUUACAAAUGCUAUAGUGGAAUGUUUUAUUGGCAUUGAUAAAACAACAUUGUAGCAGAAUUCUUUUGGGGCAUUUAUGUUUUUAUAUUAACUUUAAAACUGUAUUACCAUAUUGUAUUUAUUUAUUGAUGUGAAUAUUGUGAAUAAUAAUAUUGUAAGGUCAUUUAAACUUUAUAACGUUCCGUUGACAGCUGUUGUAUAGCAGAAAGUGAUUCGCUUAAGAGUAUUGUAGCAAGAAAAGAUUAGACAUGGUAGAAAAGUUUUGAGACUGUUUAAAUGUGAUCAGACCUUACACAGCAUCAAACAGCAAAAUGGUGGUGCACCACUAUUAAUUGCAAAAUUGAACUAAGUAAUGUUCAUGACCAUUAGAUUUUAUUUUACAAUUCCUCUUUUCAGCUUGCAAAUUCAUAGACUUGCUUCUCAAAAACGGCUCUUAUGAUUUUCCUAGAAAUUUGAUGGAUAAUGUAUAUCUUUGGGAAAAUAAUUAUUAGCUAUUUGGCCACACUGGGAAAACUCUAGUUUGACUGUUAUAAUUUUUCAAAGUAUAAACAAAAAUUAAUUUAAAUUUUUCUAGAGGAUUAGAAAAUCUUUAUCUUCAAUAGACUACAUCUUCGCGUAUUUUGAAAUUCAUUAGGGCGUUUAAUAAAUUAAUAGAAGAAGAACAUUUUGCGCACAUUAUUCUAAGUCUAGAUCUAUAGGCCUAUUGUUAUAAUUUUAUAUACUCUGACUCUGUGUAGAUUUAUACAUAUGCCUUAACCAGGAUUUCUUUUCGUUUGGAGGGGGAAUAGGGGCAGGGCAGAAAAUAUCAAUUUUUUUAAGAAUCUAUCACUCAUUGGUUAUUAAGAGUAAACAGGCAUCUGCAUCCUAAUGGGGUAAUUGUCUUUUUUUUUUUUUUUUUUUUAAAAGUAUUUUUUAAAUAUUUUACUUGUUUUGUGUGCACUCUUUUUGUUUUCUUUCUGAGUCUGAAUCUUGUCAGUUUAUCUCUGCUCUCAAGCAUGCUGGUUAACACUUGAGGUCUAGAUCUCUCGUCUCUUGUUCUAUUUGUGUGGCCAAACCCAUGACACCUACUCAUGUUUAUAAUUUAUCUCCUUUGAUGAAGCAUUAGUUGAGAAAUCUUUGUUUUCACUUAGUCAUUAAUCUGAAUAGCUGUUGACACCUUUCUUGUAGCAAUUCUAGUUGAAUUUAUUUUCCUUAUUUGGAGAAAAAAAUCAUUAUGGUUGGCACAAUUUAUGUUUAAAUAGUCAAUGUCAUCCUUUUUAAGAGUUUCAAAAAUGUUAGUUUUAAUUUAUUAAAACAUUCCACCCAGUCUCAAUUUUAUAAAUUCGCUUUGUCAAUUUUUAUUCUUUACAUCGUAUCCUUUUAAUUAUUUGAAAAAUGUAGUGCAUUACAUUUAACUUCUUGUUUUCUUGACUAAGAUUUUUAGCUUCAUUUUUUUAUUGUUUAAGCUCAAAAUUAGUGUUUCUUUUACAAAACAAUUAAACUCAUAAACAGAUCACUAAAUAUUCAGGUAUUUUAUUUCUACUCUAUGGCUUCACUAUUUUACCAGUAUUAAAGGGAUUUUUAGUUGUUGUUUUCUGCAUUGUAAUUUUUUAUACAUUCCACAUACUUUCUAGCUAUCCUUUUUUUUUUUUGUUCAUGUUUAAUUAGAUAUUUUAUUGAUUAUAUUGGGUACAUGACUGGGUUAUGAUUGAUAGCAUUUAUAGCAGGACCCUAAAUGUGAUAAGGGCCCAAAAAGAUGAUUCUUUAUAGCUUCAAUAAUAUUUGACCAGUAUUAGAGGGAUUAGGGUUUGUUGUAUUACUCAUCUUUAUUCUUGGCUCCUGGACCACACAUUAUCAAGAUGACAUUAAGUAAUGCUGGAAAAUUUCUGACUUUGAAUUCAAAUCUAGCCUGCAGCCUUGGUUUGGCUGAGUAAAUAUAUUAAGGAUUUCAUUUUAAAACUUUUACUGUCCCCAAGGUGCCAGGGUUGGACACUGAUAAAUUACUUGUGAUCAGUUUAUGAAGGGUUUUGUCAGACGUACAGCACACUAUGACAGUCACACUUGCCAACUUUCCUUUCCUUAACUAUUAUGAAACUCUCAAUGUAAGUAAACCUAUUGCUGGCAUAUUGUCCAUUAGGUUUUGUGGUAGUACCUGAAUGAUGUAUAUAGGGGUAAAAGAUAAACUAUCACAUUUAUUUUGAAUAAUCUUUUUCUAUUGUAGAUCCCUUGUAUAACCAGAAAAAGAUACUUAGUGUUUCUUCUCCUAUUUAAAAAUAUAAGCUUUGUUUGUGAUAGGAAUUUAUUGUCAUUGGAAUAUAUUAAUACCUAUUUGCUAUAUUUGAGACUUUUCGGUACAUUAAAUUAUGGAGAUUUAAAAAUAUUUUUUUCUCUCAAGAAUUUUAGAUAUCUAUAUUAAUUUUUUCCAUUUAUAUAUAUGUAUAUAUAUAUAUAUAUAUAUAUAUAUAUAUAUAUAGUUCGUCCAUCGUAGUUCGAUGAUGACCACUUUGUCAUCCAGGGGGCUGAGGGCUUUUUUUUCCAUUUAUUAAUAUUAUAAAUGGGGAUGUAGAAAUAUUUUGUUCAUAGAAAGACAACCCUAAAAAGAUUUUUAAAAAAUAAUUUUUUAUAUGUUGAUUAUUCCCUCUUUCAUCCAUAUUUAAUGGGUUAUUGACAAAUAAAUUAAUAUGAGUGUAGUGUAGGUUUGGAAAAUUAUGUAUGCACUUAUGUACAUUUGAAUCAACACUAUUUAGGUCUUCAGAUUGUUUUCUUCAUAAACUCAUUUUUCAAUAUAUGAUAUAAUUGUGUCUGUAUAUUAUAGGAUAUUGAAAAGUUAACACUGGUGCAUGUUGUAUUAAGGAAGCUAUUUCAGAAUUACACAGCUAUCCAGCACCUUUAGAUAGUACAUUGUACGUAUAUAGUGACAUGUUCAUUGAACUAAUUCUGCACUAGCUUAUUAUUCUAAGCAGUAACAUAGAAAGGCAAAUAAUUAAAAAAAACUUGUAGAUUUGCUACUGUAAUUUAAAUUUUUCUUUCAUUUAUUUUUGUCUCUAAUCGCUUUGAGUCUUGAUUCUUCAAUGAAAAGUGCAAUGAAAAAGAAUGGUUUGGGGCAGGAUAGCCUAUAUUUGUAUCUUUUGAUGGCAUUUUCUUUUUAAAAGUUGAUUUUGUCUAUCUUGAUUGACUAAUGUAUGUAAUGUAAUUGUUCUGUUGUAGUUGGCAGUUCAGGCCAGGCUGGCACCAAAGUCUACAGUGCAAGAAUAUAACCCUCAAUCUUUUAAAGACACAGAUGAGCUAAGGGAGGUAGCUCUGGGUUAACAUGCAAGUGGUUUCUUUGUUAGGGUUAUACAUAUUGUUUAUUUAUACUAUUUAUAUACAUGGGAAUAAAAAGCCACAACUAA